UACCGACAAUAAAUUUAAUUCUGCUCAGUUUUACUUUGUAGUUAGUAUCUAGUGUCGUUGAUCAUGGCUGAAGCUGGACGUGAUGUUCGAGCGAAGGAUCGUGCGUUGCUACGCAGAGAUAGCACAGUGGCUAGAAUUCGCCAGAUACAUCAAUUGGCUAUCCAAAGUACAACUGAUGAGACUGUUCAGUCUCAGUUGGUAGUUGCUAUCCAAGACUUGGAUGCGCUAUGGUCCAGUUUUGUAAUAGAGAACAAUAGUGUGUUGGAUAUUCUUUCGGAGUUAGGGUUGUUGGUCGAAUUUUCAGUGAAUUUGGAGACUGAAGUUCGAGCGUUGGUAGUCGAAACUAAGGCCAAGUGUAACGUCUUGCAACCAGCUCAGGUUGUGAGCGUCGAUACUGUGCAACAUAUGUCAUACGAGGUUCCGGUCGGCAUCUCUGGCACUAAUACCGAGGCGUCCAGGGAUUGCACCCCUCCGUAUCCACAAAUGGCAUUAGCUCCUGCAAGAUUACCCGAAAUCCCUCUACCGUACUUUGACGGUGAAUGUCAACAUUGGCCCGCCUUUCGGGAUAGGUUCCAAUCUUUGGUGGCUUCAGAUCCGACCAUUUCCAAUACGCAUAAGUUCUACUAUUUGAUAGGUUGCCUUCAAGCAGAUCCGCAGGAGGUUAUUAAAGGUUUCACGGUGGCGAAUGAUUCUUUCACCUUGGCCUGGGACGCUUUGGUCGAACGAUACGACAAGCCCCGCAUGUUGGCGUCUUCAAUUAUGAACGAAUUGAUUUCGGCUCCGGUGGCUGCGUCCGAAACACAGGCGUCUCUGCAGUCCUUUUUAUCGAUGUUUGACGAUAAUCUAGCUAUUUUGGAAUCGCUUCAGAUUCCGAACUUGGCUUCGUUUAUGCUGUUUUCAUUGGCUGCUAGGUGUUUGCCUACUUCAUCAAGACGUCUCUUUGAAUCGGGGAACACUGAGGAAUAUCCGUCGGUUCAAAGCGUCAUAAAGUUCGUCAAGGCUCGACAACAAGUUCUCGAAAAUGCCGAGAUACAAGCUCCGGGAAGAUCGUCCCAACCAAUCAGACCGAAUUCUCAAGGACCUCGGCGAAGUUCACAGGCUUCUUGCGUUUCGACAACAAGGAUUUCUGCUUUGAAAUGUCGGCUGUGCUCUGGUGCUCACCGGCUAGCUGAUUGUUUAACAUUUAAAGCGGCGUCCGUCGACGAACGCUAUAACACUGUGUGUACUUAUCGCCUUUGCAUGGUCUGCCUCGGGGAGGGGCACAUGUCAUUUAAGUGUCCUGAAUCAUGCUCCAUAUGCAAACGGCGACAUCAUGCGCUAUUGCAUCGGGUUGCGGACCCAAACCCCGUCUGUUCCGUCAGCUGCGAUGCUAGUGCAGGACAGAACACCGACUGAUCCGUAAAAAAUAGUGUUCCUUUCCUUGUACACAUCUUGUAUAUAUGUAUUAUUUUUAUUAUCUUUAUUUAGCUAUUAUUAAUUAUAUUAUCCACUUCGCCUGCUACAUCUGUUGCCGUCGGCUGCUCUGUCACCGGUACCGGGGUGAUGGAGAAUAUUAUCAUGCUCAUUCAUGAUGUGAGUACUGCUCGUUUUAUUUUGCUAAAAUUGUAUUUUUAUUGUUAAUUCUUUUUAUCAACCCUUAUGAUGGUUGAUUAUAAUUAUUUAUGUGGUUGACUUUAUUAUUAAGAUUUUCAGGUAUUGAUAUAUGUAUUGUAUGUAUUGUUAAAAAAUAAUAAUGUUAUUAAUGAUAUUUUCUACCUUGUUUAUGCUCAAACAUAUUUAUUUAGUUAUGUUUUACUAAUUUAUUUAUUUUUUAUUAAUUGUUCUAUUGAUAUUGUAAUGGUCAUUGAUCAAUGUUGUCCCUUUGUUAAAUCCCGCUCAUCACUGUUGGCUACCGCUCCGUUCCGUCGGUUCAAGCUGUUCCGCUCAACUGCUCCGUUAACCUGCUCAAGCUGCUUCGCUGAACAGCUCCGUUCACCCACUCGAGCUGCUUCGCUCGACUGCUCCGUUCAACGGCUCAACCGCUCAAUUCCACUGCGCUGCUCAAUCACACUCAAGCUGCUCCGCUCAACAGAUCCGUUCAUCUGUCCAACUGCUCCGUUCGACUCCGCUCCAGUCCACCACGCUGAUUAAUGAAACUGAUCCGUUCAUCCGCUCAAGCUGCUCCGCUCAACAGAUCCGUUCAUCUGUCCAAUUGCUCCGUUCGACUCCGCUCCAGUCCACCACGCUGAUUAAUGAAACUGCUCCGUUCAUCCGUUCAACUGCUCCGUUCAACAUCGAUCUGCUCUACCGCUAAGCUGCUCCGUUCAUCCGUUCAACUGCUCCGUUCAACAUCGAUCUGCUCUACCGCUAAGCUGCUCCGCUCAACUGCUCCGGACAAGUGCUCCGUCUGACUACUUCGUUCAAUCAUUCAUCAGCUCCGAUCGUCGGCUCAACGACUACAACUCCUUCAGCAAAAGUUAUUCGAACUGUUCUGUUGCAAGUAAGCGGUAACUUGCAAGGGGGGAGUAUGUUCGACCUUUUUGCACAUACAAAUUGUCCCCGGGGUUUGGACAUUUGUUCGGUGACCACGCUAGGUCACGCGCAAUGGUGGCGGCACUGACUCACCUGCCGCCCUGCUCCGGGCAACAACGAAUACAACGCCGUUAACGUGUUGUUCGGACGUUCGUCAUUCCUUUUUUGUACGUUUUGUCACGCUCGACUCGUACAUUUUUCGUGUGUAGCGGCUGCUCCGUCUUGUGGUGAUCGCCAUGUUUUUUUUGUUGUAUGCGCGUUCGUGCUCAACGCGCUCCAAGAGUUAAUUCAGCUCUUUAACUCAGCUAUUAUUUCGGUCUCAUUCAUUGCUGAGCCGUUAUAUUUUAUAUUACGUGGUUUAUGACCUUACGUUCCAGUAAUCGCGGAUUAUUCGUCGCCGCGGUACGUGCAAUCCACGUGGUCCCAGUUCCAGUCGUCAGCAGAUCAGCCAUCCAUCGACAGCCAGCUCCGGUGCUCAGAGCGGUGAUCCCCGUCUCCUAAUAUAUUUAUAUAUUUUAUAUGCACAUUUAUACGUGCAUAUUGUAUUUGUUAUAUUGUAUUACUCACUAGCUGCUGUUCUAGUUAUAUAUUAUAUAUUUGUUCAGUUUACUUA